AAGCAUUGCAGAUCGACUUUCGCGCCAUACUUUGAGUAUAGGGAACAUAUUCCCAAGCUUCAUCUGUCUCCGUUUAUCCGCCUUCAGGGUUCUUUUCUAUCACCAUACAGUCUUUCAGCGGGCACUUUGCUUUAAUCUUUCUGUCUUUUAAGCUCUAGAGCACGGUCUCUGAGUUCUUCAACCUUCUUUUAAUUUAUUACUUCUCUUUCGCCCGGCGUGAGAUGUCAGACGGUGCCCGUCAUUUGCAGAUACAGCCAGGCACCAUUGGAGACGAUCAGAAAACCGUUCAUAUCACUGUCAGACCACGCACCUCUUCGACCUCAUCUCUUCCUUCUCUUAGAACCCCUAGGACCGCUCGCUUCUCCGAGGCCACGGCUGUCCAUUCCCCGAUUGAAAUGUCCAAGAUGUCUGAAUCCCCCUUUGCCGACCCUCGGCCGGGUUCCAAGGAGUCAUCAGACGCCACCGGACCUUCGGCUGUUGGUUUUGGAUAUCUCUCUGAAGCCGAUGCACACCGUCAUGAUACUGUGCCAACAAUGCCUCAAGAAGGCGAAGUUACCACUCGAUACUUGAAUGCUCCUGCCAGUCCUCUCAAGAGUGCGCUCAAGAGUCCAGGAACACCUGGCCGACGGCUCGAAAACCCGUUAAGCCCGACCUUUAGAGAAGAGCAAAUACUCGAGAAGCAAGAAGAAAGAACGGAGAAGCAAAACGCUCGCGAUCUGAAAGUGAAAGCGCGCGUCCGAGUUGCCAAGCUAUUCCUUAGAACUGUCAAUUUCAGCUGUAGCUUGAUUGUUCUUAGUAUGCUUGCUGCUACCUUUACCAUCUUCAACGCUACAAAGACUUUGCCGAAGAGAAACAAUCUGCCUCCUUGGGCGCUUGGCCAAAAGAUUUGGCCACAAGUGGUGCUGCUUUGCAUGGCCACUAUAUCCCUCUUUAUGUCGCUGGUCGUCUUCUAUGGAUAUUGGAGAGGUGGCCACAAGCGUGCUGAAAAGGUUGCGGUUUAUUACACCGUCUUUGCUGUCUCGUUCUUCGUCUUCAGUGUCGUCAUGUGGGGCAUUGGCGCCGCCAUUCUCAAUCAAAGCAGACAAACUGGAAACAACAAAGACAUGUGGGGAUGGUCUUGCGUCGACAAUGAACGGAAAAGUCUUUUUGAAAAGGAGGUCAAUUAUGCGCUGGUCUGCAGAAUGCAGAACUGGUCUCUCGUUUGUGCCUUAAUCGAGAUUGUGAUUGAGCUCCUCACCAUCCUUAUCUACGCGGUUGUCUUCUACCGCUUCUACUCCAAGAACCGACUUCGGAAAUCCAUGGACCUCCGCGACAGAGCUCGCAGCGACCUCUACCUGGCUCAGCUCCGCUCGCAAUCUGCACCAAACACUCCUGGCUUCAUGAAGUCGCCCAUGUCGGCCACAUUUGCCAUCCACGAUCCGCAUGAUGCUGCAGAGCAGGGCGAUAACAUACAGUAUGCCCAGAAGAACCAGUCUUUCUCUCAGCCCAAGCCCUUCACUCUCCAGCCUCCACCGAUCCGCGUCCAAAAUGCCACCCCGCAAAUCCAGCAAAACGGGUUCGAGGCUCCUCCUUCAUCUGCACCUGCACCUGCGCCUUUGUCCCAGCAUGCUCCUGUCGCUCCUGGCGAGCAGCAGUACGAUGCUGUUCCUAUCCCAGGCGCAUAUGCUAGCCCCUUGUCCAGCCCGUCAUAUGCUCCUCCUCCUCAGUCGAUGCAGCACGGCCAGCCAGGGCAAGCAUACACCGCCGAGUCCAGGAUUGACAGCAGGCCUGCCAGCCCGGAGCAAGCAUACGUCCACAAGGCUAGAUUUGCAUGAAAGGCAAGACACGAUCACGGUUAUGGGCAAGUGGGAAAAUGGGCAAAUGGGCAAAUGGGCAGCAUAAAUGGGUUUUGGAUGCAGACUAACGUUGACCGUUAAAAUCUUUCUAUGCUAUUUCAGAGAAUACACUAUAAAUC